CUUUCACUGCCUCUCUCCCGUGCACCGCGUCCCCACCACACAAGAGAACCACCACAGCACCUCGCCGCCGCCGCCGAGGACGACGACGACGAUGUGGCGUUCGCGAGCUCGCGCUCUCCUCCUGCUCCGCUCGUCCGCCCCCAGUUCGGCACCGCCGCAGCAGAAUCCACUUCGGAGCUUGGCCCGAGCCCCGCCCCCGCCGCCACGCCUUCUCUCCCGCUUCCUCUCCUCCUCCUCCCAGAAGGCCCCGCCGGCCGCCUCCCCUCCCUCGUCUUCCUCGCCCGGCGCCGCGCCCGGAUCCGCUGCACCGCCGGCCUACACCGGAAACCUGAAGAAAGCACUUGCAGGGUUGAGGAGAAUUGAUUUAGAAGGGUUGCGGUGGCGUGUUUUUGAUGCAAAGGGCCAGGUACUUGGACGGUUGGCAUCCCAAAUAGCUGUUGUGCUUCAAGGCAAGGACAAGCCAACCUAUGCACCUCAUGUGGAAGCUGGAGACAUGUGUAUUGUUCUUAAUGCGAAAGAUAUCUGUGUUACAGGAAGAAAAAUGACUGACAAAAUUUACUACUGGCAUACAGGGUAUAUUGGCCAUCUCAAGGAAAGAAAGCUCAAGGACCAGAUGGCAAAAGACCCAACUGAAGUGAUCCGUAAAGCUGUCAUGCGCAUGCUUCCCCGCAAUAAAUUGCGUGAUGAUAGGGAUCGUAAGCUGAGGAUAUUUGCUGAAGGCGAGCAUCCGUUUCACGACCGGCCUCUCGAGCCUUUCAUCAUGCCGCCACGGCAAGUGCGUGAGAUGCGCCCCCGGGCAAGACGUGCGAUGAUAAGGGCACAGAAGAAGGAUCAGGACAGGGAAGCUAAGAAAGCCGAGGGAGAAGCAGCUAAGAAUGGCAAAGCUGCGGUCGCUGCAUAAAUGCACUUUCUGAAUGAUGACCUGUGUCUCUCUUUUCUCUUUGACAUGUAGUCUUUCGUGUUGAAUUUUCGUAGACAGGGUGCACUAGAAUCUUAUCAAGCUUUGUUAAGGCAGCAAGAUUGCUGAGAAGCCUGUUGAGUUGAGUUGAGAGGCGCUAAACCUGGAAACGCCCAACUCCUCAUUCUGAAUUUCCUUUUCGAUCCUACCUAAACUUGUCAGUGUAAUUUUGUAUUGCAAAUAAAACUCAGUGCAUUAUGCAAAUAAAACUACUUGAGUGGA